AUGCCCUAUGUCCCUACCUCAGUCCCCACCCCACCUCCUCCUACAGUGUACCCUCAUGGGGGGACAAUGGUGUUGCCGUCUGUGAUGAUCACCGACGGGCAGCGCGUUGUGACUGAGCAGCUGCAGUACGAGAGCAGCAUGGAUGGAGUGCAGCAGAGUGGGGGGCAGGAGACAGGGGAGCAGCAGACAGGGGAGCAGCAGAUUGGGGAGCAGCAGAGAGGGGAGGAGCAGAUUGGGGAGGAGCAAACAGGGGAGCCGUAG